CUAGUCGCCGUAACAGGCGCCCAGGCAGCUCGCCGGAACGGUUGAGAUUGCGCGUUCCCUCGUUCGGAUCAAGCAGAUUUCGAAAUCCAAGGACUAGAUUUCGCCGGAGACCUGAAUGCAUCUGCUUUAGCACCGCGGGAUCAGGACAUCCUCCAUGAGCACUGGACUGCUCUGGAUAACGAGGAGAUGAAAUACUGCGUCCGCUGCAAAGAAUACUGGUUCGAUAUGGACCUUAACGCUAACGAAGUAUGUAAGCGCUGCCGCUAUAAGGAUUAUAAGCGAGGUCUUGAUGAACCGCUCUUCUUUUCGGUGGAUAAUCAGCUCGACUUCGGUCCCAUGGCAGCUCAAUUGCCCGAUUUGACGCCUGUGGAGGAGUCUCUGAUCGCCCGCGUCCACGUCCACGUUAACGUGAUGCUCGUCCGUGGUCAGCAGUACAAAUACUCGGGCCACGUUGUCCAUUUCCUUCGGGAGGUAGGGCUCGUACACCACCAGCUGCCACUAUUGCCGUCUCAACUUAUACGAUCCUCCUGCGGCCUGCGAACACCUCCUCACACGCCCUCCUUAGCCGCCAGUUUGUCCGGCAGUUCCGUGUUCGUAGGCAGGCUGUCGCCAUAUGGCUUGACUACCUUCGGCGCCAUCAUCCCGGCUAUCGCCAUAUCGUAAUUAACGAAGGUCGCUUAAGUCAGCUGCCACUAGAAGGGAACAUAGUCGACGACGUACCCCACAGCCAGGUCGAGGAUGCUACAGUUGGCCCAGAGGACGACGAGAACGCGGAGCCAGACGUUCAGGAGGAAGCGGCGGUGCCAGAUCUGCUUGCGAAGGAUACCGAGCUCUCCGCUCUACUGUCUGUCCUCGAGGGCGAGUCGGCGGUUAGCCCUGAGAUACCCCUAAGCUUACAGGCGGCCGGCCAACACCAGCUGGAGAUCCCCCAUAUACGGCGUACCCCAAUUAACGAGUUCAAUUCCUCGCAGGCGCUGCUAUCCCUCGCAUUCCUCACCCUGUAUCCGGACGGCCGCGCUGAGUUUGUAGAGCCGCGGUUGCGCUCGAUUGACUAUAAGGAUUACAUCAAGCACGCGAUGCGCUGGCACGACGGCCGCUUUGCACGCC